CGCCAGUGCUACCGUCCACGCGCACGUUUGUCACGCCUUUUCCCGCUCUGGCUGUCCAUCUUGUUAAUUGACCUCUGACCUGUUCAUCCGGAAGGAACGCUACGUGUCAUAUCGGUCGGCCGGAACCGAGCGAUCGGCGAGACAUUUUCAGCGGAACAUUUUUCACAAACGUUGUCGCCAGCAGCAGAGCGAAGGUCGAGGUCCUCCGUGAACCCUCCGAGAGGGGACUCCGCGAGGUCGACGACCGAUCGCGGGUACACGGUGCAUCUCGAGAGCGGCAGAUCUCUAAAAGGAUUCAGCGCAAAGUCGCGUCUCGCGUAAUCGCGAUAACGCCGGUAAGGAGGAAGCGAAGCGGCGAGAAAGAGAUAGAGGAACAAGAGAAAGAGAGAGUAACAGAGAGAGAGAGAGAGAUAGAGUGAGAAAGAGAGAGAGAGAGAGAGAGAACGGUUCUCCUCGCGGCUGCCUCGCGCGAAUCGGCGUUUCUCUUUCGAGCUCUCGAUUCUCCAAGUUUGCUCGUCGUCGUUGUAAGACGCAGUCGAUGCUCGGCGCUUUAAGUCGCGCGAUCCACGCGAGUGGGCGUCAAUAGUGCGUCUCACAGUGCGAGGCAAUAUCGAGGAAAAGCAGUGUCACGCCCGCAGCUGUCCGCGAAGCACGAGCCUCGGUCACGUGGAAACUCCGGGAGUAGCAGCCUUUGUCAGUUCCAAUACACGAUGAGUCGAAUGGUGAUAUUGCUAUUGGGGGCUGUAACAGUCGUUACAGCUGAGGAGAUGGUGGCGGUCGUUCGCCUGACGCCACAUGACGUUAGCGUGAAGAACGUCACGGGUAACCUGAAGAUCGUUCAGUCCGUCCCGAAUGGGCCCGUCACUAUCACCGGAACGAUCCACGGUCUCACAGAGGGGCUCCACGGCUUCCACGUGCACGAGAAGGGAGACCUGACCGACGGUUGCACAUCCGCGGGGGCGCACUUCAAUCCUGAGAACGUGACUCAUGGCGGCCCGGAAGACACUGUCAGACAUGUCGGCGAUCUGGGAAACAUCCAGGCAAAUCCUAACGGGGAUGCGGAAGUAAAUAUCACCGACAAUAUCAUCUCUCUGAGCGGACCGAAUAAUAUCCUGGGACGAUCCUUCGUCGUUCACUCCGGCGAGGAUGACCUCGGCAAGGGCAAUCACACUCUUUCGUUGUCAACCGGCAAUUCCGGGGGCCGUUGGGCCUGCGGUGUCAUUGGCGUCCAGUCGCCGACAGGCAGCUGGAACUCCGGCUCGUUCACCUUGCCGAGUGUGUCAACCUUCAUGAUAUUCUUCCUCGUCGUCGCUUAUCAGCAUUUCAAGUACUAAUGAGAGGCCGGUGUAAUAUCGUAUCCUCGUCCAAAGACAGAUAAAUUACGUUCGUAUUUGCAUUCUCGAGGUAAGUACGACUGCGGGGGUCGUGAGACAUCGAUUGUCAGUGCUGACGAUCCGACGAUAAUCGCGACCUCGGCGGUGAGAGUGAAUGAGCGAAAUUUCAACGGCCCAACGGGUCGGUUAUUCGUCGAAACAAUAUUACUUCGUUGCAAAAUAUUCGGGGAAAAUUGCCGGCCUGUUCGUCGUUUAUUAUUAUCGUUGUCUCGGCAUAACUCGCGAAACGCGAGCCGAUCAGUACGACUCUCGUCUAUAAAUGUUGUGAUAAAUUGACACGGUAAUUGCAUUUACUAUGUACUUGUGAACAUCGAACUGCCUCCUUAGGUUAGAUCGAGACAUCGGAAAGAUCGAUUUCACGAUCACGUGCUCGCGUUUGACUCGAAUGACGAGUUUUCACUUGGGCCAUCUAAUCAGGCAGUUUCAGCGUUAGAAACUUAGAAACACUUGAUUCGCCGCGUGAGAGCAAGAAGUGGUUCACUUAAAACGUUAUGUGUCUCAGGUAUAUUGUCUACAGCGUGUGGUGCAAUUUGCUAUGUAUACUUAAUUACUUAAUCACGGAGGACGUGCAAUAUGAUUGAGCAAUAUUGCGAUUUAGUGUUACAAGUUUUGCUCGUGAUAGCUCGAUUUUAUCAAUGUCGUUUUCAUAUGUGUCGAUAUGACGCUACGAUUCAUGGCGUGCACUUUUGCUUUCAAUUAAUUUCUCGUCGUUCCACGAGUUCUUCGACACAAACAUAUUUAUUGAUCGAAACAUAUUAUUGAUCAGAUUGUAAACUUUCCCUAUGUACUCGUGUCUCUCUCUCCCUCUCUUACUCGUCCAUAAUAUCUCUUUAUUGUGAUUGUUGUUUGUACAAUAAGACAAUUUGCUAAAAUAAAGUGUCGUUUGGUGUAAA